AUGGCGCCGCCGGCAUCGUUUGAUGAAGAAGAUGAGGCAUUUUGGGGAGAAGAAUUAGCGAGUGACGACGGCGCACCACCGUCAACGUCCACGGAUACUGAUACUCCAACUCCAACACCACCUGGGACAGGGCCAACGUGUGGUGCAAUUGCUGCUGCUCCCAUCCAGAGCUCAAUCACUCAAUUUUUUGGCGGCGGUUGGAAGACACCCACGCGCUCGUGCUCUCGGGUUUUGUCAACAAACUCUACUGCUCCCUCUUCGACUCCAAGAAGAGGACCUGCUGCUGGGCAGUCGACUUCAGCAACAACGGAAGCAGGUAGAAGAAUUGGAAGUCAGUCUCCGGACGCAGUUGUUCCCACUAACUGUGAAAAUGAUUCCGAAUUCCUUCUCCUCACAAAUGAGGAAAAGGAUAAAGUACAUUCUUCCACUAGCUUAGUGUGGCAAUACUUUAAGAAAAUCAACAAGGAUCUUGCAAAGUGCAAUUCAUGUGGUAGUGAAGCCAAGACCCCUACGGGCUCCACCACUCUGCUUACUAGACACCUAUCAAAAGUGCAUCUCAAUCUGUAUUCCGAGUACUGCAGGCUUCAGAAGAUCAAAACUAGACUUGCCCUUGACAGAGCCAGGAAGAGAAAGAGUAAUGUCCCUAAGCUGAAAAGACUCGUUAACUUCCCACUGGACUCUAAAGGAAAAAGGUCAAAGGAAAUAACGAGGGCCAUAGCUGUGUUCAUGGCGAAAGGCCUGAAGCCCUAUUCUGUCGUCGAGGAAGUAGGAUUUCUUGCACUGGUCAACGUAUUGGAGCCAAGAUACAUGGUCCCAUCUCGGUCUCAAUUUUCAAGAACUAUCAUACCUACCAUGUAUGAAGACGGCAAGAGAAAGUUACAGGAAAGACUACAAGAGUUAUGCGACAACGAGUCUCUGGAGUCUGUCUCUAUAACUAUUGAUGGAUGGUCUUCCAGAAAACUCGAUGCUUUCUUGGCAUUUACUCUCCAAUUCAUAAAUCCAGACUGGGCAAUGGAAAAGCACACUCUGGAUCUUGAUCCUUUCCCUGGUGCUCAUACUGCUGAUGCUAUAUGUGAAAGAAUGGAUGACAAAUUAUCAGAAUAUUUUCUGAAUAGUCGUCAUGUCAAGAAAUAUGUCACCUCUGAUAAUGGUUCUAAUAUGCUGGCAGCGUUGGAGCAGCCCAAAGAAGAGAGAAUACUGGAUGAAGAAAUCGCUGAAAUAUUAAGACACAAGAAAGCUUGGGAACAUUUUAAGUGCUUUAAUCAUACCGGGCAACUUGCCAUUAAUGACACCAAGAAGGACAUGAAUAUGAUCAGCGUCAUUGAGAAAUUGUCAAAGUUAGUCCAACGCUACAGUAAAAGCCGAACAGCCAAGGAGAGCUUCGAAAAAUUCCAGUCCGAACUCAAACUUCCUGGACAUGGCCUACUCCAAAGAGUCAAAACAAGAUGGAACUCUGAUUUUAUUAUGAUGGAGAGAGCUGUUGAACAGAAACAAGCUAUAGUGGCAGAAUGCACUGCAGCUGGAGAAGAUCAUCUCACCACUCAAGAAUGGAAACUAGCUGAAGGAUUUGUAGAAGUUUUGCGACCUCUUGCUGAACACACCAACGAAAUGGGAAGUGAACAGAAACCAACAGCUUCGAUGAUUCUCCCCACUAUUUUUGAGAUCACAAGUGACCUGAAAGACUUUAUAAGAAGUGCUCCAAGAGGAACAGGAAUACAAUUUGCCAGGAAGAUUCUUUCAAAUUUAGAGAGUCGAUUUGAAUACUAUCGGGACAAUGAAACAAUCAAAGUUGCUACAUUAGUGGAUCCUCGUUACAAAAACAUUCUUGAGGAUCAGUCUUGGAUUCAAUCUGCUCAAGAAAUUCUUGAAAAUGAAGCUGCAGAGAAGUACCGAGUGAGAAUACGAAGAGGGCUGGAAGUGCCAACAACACCAACUAGAACUGCUUUGCAUUCCCCCACUUCUGAGCCAGCUGCCAAAAAGGGAAGAUGGAGACACCUGCAGCAGAAAACCGCAGUCCGCACCACACACACCAAUGAGGAAAGCUCAAAAAAAAUCCAAGAUGAGGUGAAAUCAUACCUCCUUCUUCCUACCAUUGAAGUAGAGGAAGACCCAUUGGCGUGGUGGAAGGCUAACCACACCUCGUUUCCAAACUUAGCCUUGGUGGCUAAACAAUACCUAGCUAUCGCUGGCACAGAAGUAUCAUCUGAGCGAGUGGCAUCUUCAGGUUCUAAUGUUGUCACACCAAAGAGAACUAAUUUGGCUACUGAGCAUGUCAAAGAGCUUGUUUUCUUACAUGACAACUUAGAGAUUCCAGGUUUUUAUUGA